AGACCCCUGCACUAUGGGACACUCAUGGGCAGCAGAGCUUGUGUCAGAAUGGCAGCAGCUGCCUGGGCCAGUGGUUUUCUCAAUGCUCUCCUGCACACUGCUAACACAUUUUCAAUACCACUCUGCCAAGGCAACACAGUGGACCAGUUCUUCUGUGAAGUUCCCCAGAUCCUCAAGCUCUCCUGCUCAGACUCCUACCUCAGGGAGGUUGGGCUUCUUGUGGUUAGUCUUUGUUUACUCCUUGGGUGUUUCAUUUUCAUUGUGGUGUCCUACGUGCAGAUCUUCACUGCUGUGCUGAGGAUCCCCUCUGAGCAGGGCCGCCACAAAGCCUUUUCCAUGUGCCUCCCGCACCUGGCCGUGGUCUCCCUGUUUGUCAGCACUGCAAUGUUUGCCUACCUGAAGCCCCCCUCCCUCUCCUCCCCAGCUCUGGAUCUGGUGGUGGCUGUUCUGUACUCGGUGGUGCCUCCAGCAGUGAACCCCCUCCUC